AUGGCGGUGGACUCCUUGCUGGCUCAGUACCAGAGCUGGCUGCUCGUUGCCUGCACUCAGGAUGAUGCCGCUCCCUGCGCUGACACCAAGCUGAUUGACGCGGCGAGACGGAGGAUCCUGGAAGAGCCCGACCUGCACAACGCUCUCCACAAUGAUGCCUUCUCCUUGAUUGCCAGCGGCCUCCAGGACCAAUCAGAUCUUCUCUCCGCCCUGAAUCGUAUGGCCAAUGCCUUCCAGGCCCUGGAGCAGGCGGCCCUUCAUCUUUACUUCACUCCUUGGAGAAAAGAGUUUUAUACCAUAAAGACCUACUCUGGCCAUUAUGUCCACCUCCUGGAGCCGGCGCUCUCUCAAGAUGGAAUUUUAUUGGCUCUCGGCAAACUGGGGUACGAACCUCAGGAAGGCGGGGCUUGCCUGUCUCUCCGUGCCCCGCCUUUAGCGCACAUGCUCAGUACGGCAGCCCUGGGCUUCCUUGCUGCUCAGUUUGGAGUGUCGCAUAUUGGCGGACAUCGUCCUCAUCUCCGGACCGGCGCUGGUGAACGGAGCCGACCUCAUCCAGGAGAGGAAGACGUGGAGAGGAGAAGCUGCAUGUAUGGAGAGGCUGCAGAAACUCAUCCAGGAAGCCGCCCAGGUUCCCAAGUCUCCUCCCACCGCGGACGCACUCAAUAGCUGUGACUUUGAUAAAGUUGGCGAAUUGUACCGACCCAAAUUCUGCGACCAUUGCCACGAGACCUGGGAGCAGCACGUGAACGGAGAUGCAGGGAAAGAACGGAGCGGCUUGUGCUCCUCAAGAGGAAAGGGGAUCUUCUCCCGCAAGGAGAGGACGCCGGCUCUGCGUCGCUCCAGAUGCAGGCGGAGUAUACCAUGCAUGACUGCGUGUACACGGAUGGAUCGUUACAGCAGUGCUGUGCGGAGUGCCGCCUUCUCCACAGCUCUUCCUGUCCGCGGCUGUCCCUGUGUAGGAGUUCCGGCCAUGCGCUCACUCCGCUGACUCCGACCAAGAAGCGGGAGGCCGUGAUGCAGGAAGAGGGCAGGCAGUACAAGCUGCACAUCUGCUUACACCCGGGGAAUUUACCGCAUUACCGCUGUUCCCAGUGCAGGGAGCUGCACUACAUAAACUGCAAGCAGCUGGAGGAGUGCCGAGGGAGGCAGCACUGCGCCAGAAUGAUCAUGCUGGAGAAGGACCAGCAACUGUGGCUACGGAGGAGCCUCAUGGACCUGACCCAGCUGUGUGUAGACAGCGCCCUGGAGAGGGGAAGUGAAGUAUAG